UAUCAUGCAUUCAUGCUAUCUGGAUGGCUCACAGUAUUGUCGUUCCCCCAGUCCCAUGUACCCACAAAAAUGGGCUCUUUUCGUAUGCAAGCGGCAUGGGUGAAAAUUCUUAGUACACUACUAGGUUCCUUUUGCUCAUGACCAUCGUGUUGGCCAAGUUGGGAUUUGGGAGGUAAAAAGGAGGUGACUGGUACUGCUGUGCAAUCCACAGGAAUGUUCAGAAGGAAUAAGUGGAGUGGUAUUACCAGGAAAGUUCAGGGUUUCACAGGCGUGGCUGUAUUUAUGCAUGCACGGCCCAGUGCUGUGUCCGUGUCCUUCUUGAUACCUGGACUCCAUCCUCGCCCCUGCAAGCCUCAAUUUAUGGCGUGUGGAGCUCUCCUCUCCACAGACGCUUCAGAGUUCAGGCAUUAGACACUCACUAGCAGGUGUUUCCCAUGAGGCUGCUGGCGGACCAUUGCUCCUCCUCACUGUCACUGGCUCUGUGGUGGUCUCUCCUGCUGGUUGUCCUCGGGAGCAGCGGCUCGCCGGCGCUCGGCUGCUACACUCGCAUCUUCAGCUUCGGCGACUCGCUCACCGACACGGGCAACUACAUCCACCUGACGGCGAGGAGCCCCAGCCCCUACGGCGCGCCGCCGUAUGGGAGGACGUUCUUUGGCCGCCCCAGCGGCCGCGCGAGUGACGGCCGCCUCGUCAUCGACUUCAUCGCGCAGGAGUUCGGGCUGACGAACGUGACGGCCAUCCAGGUGGGCACGGCCCCUGGGGACUUCCAGCACGGCGCCAACUUCGCCAUCAUCUCGGCCACCGCCAACAACGGCUCAUUCUUCGCGGGCAACGGGAUGGACAUCACCCCCUUCUGCCUCGACACGCAGAUGAUCUGGUUCAGGGACCACCUGCGACAGCUCGCGCAGCAGCAGAACAGCAGCAGCAGCAGCAACGACGUGCUGAGCGGGGCGCUGGUGGCGCUGGGCGAGAUCGGCGGGAACGACUACAACUUCGCGUUCUCCCGGGGCGUGCCGCGGGACAAGGUGCGCGCGUUCGUGCCCGCGGUGGUGGACAAACUGGCGGGGGCCAUCGAGGAGCUGAUCGGGAUGGGGGCGCGGGCGUUCGUGGUGCCCGGGAACCUGCCCUUCGGGUGCGCGCCGCUGUACCUGCAGCGGUUCCGCGCCGCGGGGGCGUGGUGGGACUACGACCCCACGACCGGGUGCCUGGCCUGGUUCAACAGGUUCGCCGAGUACCACAACCAGCUGCUCACCGCGCGUCUGGACAAGCUCCGGCGGCUCCACCCGGACGUGACCAUCGUCUACGCCGACUGGUACGGCGCCACGAUGCGCAUCUUCCAGGCCCCCGGGAAGCUAGGGUUCACAAACGCUCUGCUCUCAUGCUGCGGGAACAAGACCGUGCCCUGCGGCAGGCCCGGCUGCCCCGUGUGCGACGACCCAUCGACGUACGGGUCGUGGGACGGGACGCACCCGACGGAGGCAGUGUACAAGGUGAUCGCCGACGGGGUGCUGCACGGGCCGUACGCGUCCCCUGUCCCCCUCGCCAAGACUUGCCCUCCCACUUAGACAAUAAACAUUUGCUUGGUCGGUCCAGCUCUAAGAAUUCUUCAAACAAGUCAUCCAUGGCUUCAGAAAUUCGUAGAGUUGCAGCUGAAUGUGCACUAAGUGUGUUUGUUGAGUUAUCUUGUUUACAUUCUUAAUUAAAAAUAUAUGUUUAAACUA